UCCAGUGUGAAAGGAAGACUUGCAUCUCACCAGGAUGUAUACAAAAAUGACUGCACUUCUGCUCCUGUUACAGCUGAGUAGUCACUUUAGUUCUGGAAGUUGUGGGAAGGUGCUUGUGUGGCCAAUGGAAUACAGCCAUUGGAUAAAUAUAAAGACAAUAUUGGACGAACUGGUUCAGAAAGGUCACGAAGUGACUGUUCUGAUAUCCUCAGCUUCUGUUUCUUUUUAUGUUGAGGAAGGAUCUGCUAUUAAAUUUGAGACUUACCCUUCAGCAGUGUCUAAAACUGACAUGGAAGACUUUUACAUUGAAGCAAUCAGGAAGUGGAUUUAUGAGCUGCCAAAACAAUCAAUUUGGACAUACUUUUCACUGUUGCAAGAACUGGUGUGGGAAGAUUCUGAAUACUUUUUGACACUCUGUAAAGAGGUAGUUUUUAACAAGAAUCUUAUGACAAAACUACGUGAAUCCAAGUUUGAUGUCAUUCUUGCAGAUGCAUUUGGUCCCUGUGGUGAGCUGCUAGCUGAGCUAUUUGAAAUACCAAGUGUGCAUACUCUUCGCUUUUUGUAUGGCUACACGUAUGAAAAAUAUAGUGCAGGACUUUCAUUCCCUCCUUCCUAUGUGCCUAUUAUUAUGUCAGAAUUAAGUGAUCAAAUGACAUUCAUAGAGAGGAUAAAAAAUAUGCUGUAUGUGCUAUAUUUUGAUUUUUGGUUCCAAACAUUUAAUGAAAAGAAGUGGAAUCAGUUUUACAGUGAAAUUUUAGGACGACCCACUACAUUAUUAGAGACAAUGUCAAAAGCAGAUAUAUGGCUCAUUAGAACCUAUUGGGAUUUGGAAUUUCCUCGCCCAACCCUACCAAAUGUUGAUUUCGUUGGAGGACUCCACUGCAGACCUGCCAAACCUCUGCCUAAGUUUCUUUGGAGAGUUGACAGCAAGAAACCAGAUACCUUAGGAUCCAAUUCUCUGCUUUACAAGGGGGUCCCUCAGAAUGAGCUUCUUGAUGUAACUCUAAAAGUAAAUCCUAAAAACCUUAGUAACAGUCAAUAG